GAACAGAGUGGUUGACGUUUUCCUCCCGAGCUGCAUCAUGUACGUCACCGUUCCCAACUUUACGAUUCCUCGAUCGUUUAUGAAUGUCUCCUUCCAGGCAGCUGAAGCCAUCCCCGACCCUGAAAGAUUCAAGCCCAUGCUCACCUCCUUCUUCAACAAUCUCAUCCUUUCCGCCACCACCAACCCUUCAGGCCGUUUGUAUUGGGGCGACAGUUUCAGGUAUUCUCAGAACUUGACUGUCUAUGCCAUGGCGCAGUGCAUUCAGAACCAAACCCCAAAGAGCUGCGGACGUUGUUUAGACGAAGCCUUCGCUAUAAUGUUCAAAGAUGGUACAAAUACAACAAGCAGUACAGUUUUCCAUAAUAUUGAAUGUACUGUAGUUUACGACAUCUAUCCCUUUUUCACUCCCCCACCUCACAAGAUUGCUCCAAGCAUCGCCAUUUCCAUCUCAACUAGCUGCUUCCAACCGUCAUUGAUCGACAAGGUUAGAAGCCCGUUUCAUAGAAACCUCAAGGCCUUGCUCAAUAAUUAUCUGAUAGUGCAGGCACCUCUCAAUGGCUUCUACGACGAAACCGUCGGCUUGGGCUCCAGCCAAGUCUACGGCCAAGCCUUGUGCCGAGGGGACAUCACUAAGGAUGUUUGCUGGCAUUGCAUAGCCCAGGCUUCUACCAAAAUCCAAGAGUUAUGCCCCAACAGCAGAAGGGCAAUCAUAUGGCUCGACCUCUGCCAUUUGCGCUACUCCGACGAGAACUUUGCCGGCACAGUAGAUGUCCAGGACAGGGCAUGCCAACCAUCAGCGGAGAACACAUCGAAUCCGACGAACUUCGAUGAGAAUUUGAGAAUCCUCUUCUCUAACUUGACCUCGAAGGCCGUGCAGAGCUCUCCCACUCACUUCUUUGCUACAGGAAAAACCCUGCUUCCUGACUCACAAACGAUCUACGCUUUAGUGCAGUGCGUGAGAGACAUAUCUGCAGACCAAUGUGUGUGGUGCUUGCGGAAUGCCAGCGCUGAUAUUGAGGGGUGCUUUAAUGGAAGGCAAGGCGGUCGAAUCCUCAGGGGAAGCUGUAGCCUGAGUUUUGGGAUGCAGUCUUUCUUUGCAGGCGAUCCAGCGCUGGUUUCAUCUGUGCAGCCUAAUCAUGGGCACCGCCGCCGAUGGAUGCUGGUUCUCAUUUGCUUCAUUUGUGGGCUACUGCUUACAGCAGCCUUCGCUUUUUGCUUAGUUGGGAAACUAAAACAACGUCUAGGUAAAGUUGACCUGCCUUGAAAGACUCUACAGGCCUAAUGGUCGCGAUAAGAGUUCAUCAUUUGAUUCA